AUGCAUUCUGAAUCAGUGAAAUCAAGUCAGUCUCCUGCUGAAGCUGAGAAGCAUAAGAAUCUGGAUAGAGAAAUUAGGGAGAUGGUUUCUGCCAUCACUGGUCGUGUCACUAAUUUUCAUAAACCAGGCUCCACCCACCAUUUGGACAAUGAUGAUGAACAUGGCACUAGGAUUGUCACCCUCGCAGGAACCAAUGAAGGAGCUACGCUGAGGAGUGAAAUGGACGAAAAAUCAGGUAAAUAUUUUUCUCACGAAGAGCCUGAAUUAUUGAGCACUUAUGUUAACAGCAACUUCCAGGCCAUCAACAACUCAAUCAUGCUUGGUGGUAGCUAUCAUGCCAAUGAUCCUGGUGUACACAUGGAUAUUGAAGACUUCACAGAGAAUCCUCAAAAUCACCAUAAGACUGAGAAGCACGGCAAGAAGGAAAAAAAGGAAAAGAAGAAAGGGAAAGAAAGUUCCAAAAGUGAGCAACACUCUGAUUAA